UUAUUGACUGUACUUUUAUUAACAGAGUUCCUGGAGCCCUUUGAGAGAGUAAUCCAACCAGAGGAGCUGUGGCUCUACAAAAACCCCUUGGUGGAGUCAGACCACAUCCCCAAGAGGGUCAUGUUCGCAAUUUCGUUUCUCACUCCUUUGGCUGUGAUAUUCGUGGUGAAGAUCAUUCGGCGGACAGAUAAGACAGAAAUCAAGGAAGCGUGUCUAGCUGUCUCACUGGCUCUAGCCUUGAAUGGAGUCUUCACAAACACUAUCAAGUUGAUCGUUGGCAGACCCAGGCCAGACUACUUCCAGCGCUGUUUCCCAGAUGGACAGGUGAAUGUUAAGAUGCUGUGCACCGGAGAACCAUACCUGGUGUCAGAGGGACGCAAGAGUUUCCCAAGCAGCCACUCUUCUUUUGCAUUCUCUGGCUUGGGCUUCACCUCCUUCUACCUGGCUGGAAAGCUGCAUUGCUUCACGGACCAGGGCCGUGGGCGCAGCUGGCGUCUGUGUGCCAUGUUGCUGCCCCUCUACAGUGCUGUGAUGAUCGCCCUGUCCCGCACCUGUGACUACAAACACCACUGGCAAGAUGCCUUUGUUGGAGGGGUGAUCGGCCUGCUCUUUGCCUACAUCUGCUACCGGCAGCACUACCCCCCGUUCCUGCACACGGACUGCCAUCUGCCUUACGCCAGUCUGGCCAAAGCCCCCCACCUCGUCUCUGCCCAUGGCAAUCCCCUGGUCCUGCCCACCGAGAACACCACCAGCAUGCCUCUGAAGGGGCUGACAGUGGGGCCUGUAUGA